GGACUCUUCGGCCGACACUAUCGUCGGAAUCGAUAUCAACGGCGAGAAGGAAGCGAUCGCUCGACAGAUGGGUUGCAAUGAAUUCAUUAAUCCCAAGAGUUUGGACCAGCCGUUGGAAGAGGUGUUGAGAGCGAAAGGCAUUGAAUACGCGUUCGACUGCAUCGGCAAUCAGGACGUCCUCAACACCGCUCUCAAGAGUCUGACGCCGUGGGGAUCACUCACUGUCAUCGGUUUGGGUAAACGCGGGAACAAAGUGGAGACCAGUGUUGCGGAACUGCUGGAAGGCCGACAAGUGGCCGGCGGUUACUUCGGGAAUAUGAAGCCCCGGGAGGCCAACCAGCGUCUGGUGGACAUGAUGUGUGCGGGAAGUCUGAAGAUCGACUCAAUGGUCACUCAUCGGAUGCGUUUGGAAGACAUCGGCCGCGCGUUUGAUGUCUUAAAAGCCGGAAAAACCAUCCGAACUGUGAUUGAGUUUUGAGCGGAAAUCGCUUUUAUGUCUUCAAUGUAUCGCUUAUACAGUAUUCGUACAAAAAUCUGUUGAAUAAAUACUUGGAAACAAAAGUCAAACUCAAAUAAUGGUUGUCAUUCGAGUCGUAUUC